GGCCGCGCAGGAAGUGACGGCGCUGUCAGCGGCAGCGGGGAUCCGGCAGCGCCGGCCCGGGCCCGCCGCCUCUCUGAUGCUGCAUUGGAAGCGGAGGGCACCGCUAUGGAGCGCAGGGAUGGAGGCCACGCUCUGCAUCCACACAUGUCUCUGGCUCAGCGCCGCCUGGGUCCCGCUCGCCUCCUGCUGCCCCCGGGAGCCCCGGGGCGCUGAGCCCCGGCCCGAGGAGCUGAGCUGGGCCGUGAGCCUGGACGCGCCCGAGGACGAGCUGGAGCAGCGCGCUGAGGAGCUGGCCCGUGCCGCGGGGCUGGUGAACAUGGGCCGCAUCGGGGAGCUCCGGGGCCAUUACCUGUUCAGGGCCCAGCGCGGCGGACGCGCCGGCCUCGAGGCCGUGAGGCACGCGGUGGACUCGGUCCUCGCCCGGCACGAUGCCGUGCGGUGGCACGCAGAGCAGAGGCUGCUCAAGCGCUCCAAGCGCAGCCUGCACUUUAACGACCCCAAAUACCCACUGCAGUGGCACCUGAACAACCGCAAGAGCCCCGGGAAGGACAUCAACGUCACGGGGGUGUGGGAGCGGAACGUGACGGGGCGCGGUGUGACCGUGGUGGUGGUGGAUGAUGGCGUGGAGCACACCAUCAAGGACAUACAGCCAAACUACAGCCCAGAAGGCAGCUACGACUUGAACUCCAACGAUCCCGACCCCAUGCCUCACCCUGACGAGGAGAACGGCAACCACCACGGGACGCGCUGCGCCGGGGAGAUCGCUGCCGUGCCCAACAACAGCUUCUGCACGGUGGGAGUUGCCUAUGGGAGCCGCAUCGCAGGCAUCCGAGUGCUGGACGGGCCCCUCACCGACAGCAUGGAGGCCAUUGCCUUCAAUAAGCACUAUCAGAUCAAUGACAUCUACAGCUGCAGCUGGGGUCCAGAUGAUGAUGGGAAAACCGUGGAUGGCCCCCAUCAACUGGGAAAGGCUGCCCUGCAGCACGGUGUCAUCGCAGGGCGCAGGGGCUUUGGGAGCAUCUUCGUGGUGGCCAGCGGCAACGGAGGGCAGCACAACGACAACUGCAACUAUGAUGGUUAUGCCAACUCCAUCUACACUGUCACCAUAGGUGCGGUGGACGAGACAGGCUCCAUGCCCUUCUAUGCUGAGGAGUGUGCCUCUAUGUUAGCAGUGACCUUCAGCGGUGGGGACAAGAUGAUGAGGAGCAUUGUGACCACGGACUGGGACCUGCAGAAGGGCACGGGCUGCACGGAAGGGCACACCGGGACCUCUGCUGCCGCUCCCCUCGCAGCCGGGAUGAUCGCACUGAUGCUGCAGGUACGGCCCUGCCUCACAUGGAGGGAUGUGCAGCACAUCAUCGUCUUCACUGCCACCAAGUACGAGGACCGUCAUGCCAAGUGGGACACCAACCGGGCAGGCUUCAGCCACAGCCAUCAGCACGGCUUCGGGCUGCUGAACGCAUGGAGGCUGGUGAAUGCUGCCAAGAUCUGGGAGUCAGUCCCAUACCUCGCCUCCUAUGUGAGCCCAGCCCUGCGGGAGGGCCGGAGCAUCCCACUGCUACCACGGGAGCUGGAGGCCGCCUGGAAUGUCAGCACCGCAGACCUGGAGCAAUCCGGGAUGAGAACCCUGGAGCACGUGGCUGUCACCGUCACCAUAACCCAUCCCCGCCGCGGCAACCUGGAGAUCCGGCUCUUCUGCCCCAGCGGCAUGAUGUCCCUGAUAGGCACUGCCAGGAGCAUGGACUCGGACCCCAAUGGCUUUGCUGACUGGACCUUCUCCACGGUCAGGUGCUGGGGUGAGGAGGCACAGGGCACCUACAGACUGGUCAUCAGGGACACUGGAGAUGAGAGCCUGAGGCCUGGGACCUUGAAGCAGUGGCAGCUGACCCUGUAUGGCUCCUCCUGGUCCCCAGCGGAGAUGAAGGAGCGGCAGAGGCUGCUGGAGGAGGCCAUGAGUGGGCAGUACCUGAGCAGUGACUUCUCCCUGCCCUGCCCUCCAGGACUGGAGAUCCCAGAGGAGCAGCGCUUCACCAUCACAGCCAACACCCUCAAGACCCUCCUGCUGCUUGGAUGCUUUGCUGUGUUCUGGACUUUCUACUACAUGCUGGAGGUUUGCCUGACCAGGAACAACGUGGGGCUGGACGUGGCCUGCAGUGGCUCCAUCGCCUGCAGGUGGUACCAGCAGGGAGGGAAGCACAGAGCCCUGGAGAGCGGCUUGGAGAUGGAGUCUGUGCCACUGUACCGGGAGAAGGACACGGAGGAUGUGGAGCUGGAGUGUGAGCACCCGGAGCCAGCCCGGGACGGGGAGGACCGGUCCUGGAGCCCCAAAGUGCCCAGCAGCCAGGAGACAACGGCAGAGCUGCUGGUGGAGGACAGGGAGCAGCGGCCGUGCUAGCAGGGCUGGGGGUGCGGGCUGUGACACCCCCUUGGUACGGGUACAUCCUUCCCUGCACGGGCAGCACAGGCUCCCUGAGCCCUGUGUCCUACAGGAGGUGGUGGGAAGCAGCUCAGGAGCCAGGAGGAAGAGUGCUGGCAGUGGAAGGGGAGCUUCCCCUUCUCGCUCUGGAACACAAAGCAAGCCUUAAACCUAUUCCUAAGGAGCCUGUCCUGCGGUGAUGCUCAGGGCUUCCCCACUGCGAUGCCUCCUGCGAGCCCCAUGCACGCCCCUGCUUCCACGGCCAGGGGAAGCAUUGCUUUGGCCCUGAACCCUGCAGAGAGCCUGGACACUGCGGCAGGGCCCCCAUAGCGCUGCCAUUGCCUGCCCCACUGGGCUGGGAGCUGGCCCGUGCCCACCACUUGAGCCCAGCUUAGGAGACGGGAGCCUUGUGCCCAUCUCCAACCUGUGCUCCUGGGCAGGCAGGAGGCCCCAGGGCACCAAUCCCUGCUCCUGGUGCCCGGGAUGGAGGAGGCAAUGGGUGAUGCCCACAGUGGGGCUGGAGAGGGGCAGCUGAGCUGCUCUGGCAGCAGCUCAGUGUGGGGUUGGCUCCUUCCUGUGUCCAUGGGUUUAUUUUUCUAGCGCCGGGGUUGGUUUUUUAAUGAGCAGAGCCCUUUUGUGAAGCUUUCCAAAUAAAGCCUGAAAACCCUC